AUGCGCGAGGGGGAGGUGGGCCGCGCGAGUUCUUCACGCUGCAGCGGGGCCCUGCUGCGCGCUUUCCUGGAUCGCGGGCACGGCGAGGUGGAUUGCGCGUACAUGUACGCGGGCGGCGAGUCGGAGCGCAUCCUGGGCGAGCUGCUGCGCCGGGAGAGCGCCCGAGUGCGAGUGGCCACGAAGGCCAACCCGUGGGAGGGGAAGACCCUGAAGGCCGAGAGCGUCCGGGCCCAGCUGGACACCUCCCUGCGGCGGCUGCAGCUGGACAGCGUGGACCUCUUCUACCUCCACGCCCCGGACCACGAGACCCCCGUGGAGGAGACCCUGCGGGCCUGCGAGCAGCUCCACAAGGAGGGCAUGUUUAAGGAGCUCGGCCUCUCUAAUUAUGCCUCUUGGGAGGUGGCGGAAAUUCACACCCUCUGCCGAUCCAGAAACUGGGUGCUGCCCACGGUGUACCAGGGCAUGUACAACGCAAUGACCCGCCAAGUGGAGACCGAACUCCUGCCCUGCCUUAGGCAUUAUGGGAUGCGGUUCUAUGCCUACAACCCCCUGGCAGGAGGGCUCCUGACUGGCAAAUACAAGUACGAGGACGUGAAAGAUGCCGACUGCAGAUCAGGCUCCAGGUUUUUUGGCAACGACUGGGCCGAAGCGUAUAGGAACAGGUACUGGAAGGAGCCUUACUUCCAAGGGGUGGCCUUGAUCCGAGAGGCUCUCCGCGAAGCGUAUGGGCCGGAUCCGCCCAGCCUGACAUGCGCUGCGCUGCGCUGGAUCUAUCAUCACUCCAAGCUGCAGGGCGACCGUGGGGACGCCGUGAUCAUCGGGAUGUCCAACAUGGAGCAGCUGCAGGAGAACCUGCGGGGCAGCGAGGAAGGGCCCCUCCAGCCCCAGGUGGUGGAGGCCUUCGACCAGGCCUGGCGCUUGGUGGCCCACGACUGCCCCAACUACUUCCGCUGAAAGGGGGUGGGUGGGAAAUCUGCCCCAUGGCCCCCCCUCUCGGCCUUCUCCCCCCCCCCCUCAGCGCCCCUCUUGCGCUUGGAAGACUCGGGGGGGGCGCCCACCUCUGCCGCAAAGGAGCGGAUCCUGCGAUUGACACCACCCAUGCCUUAAAUCACACGGUUUGGGGCUCGAUGGACUGCAAACCCCAUCUGCCUGACUCUGGGCAGAUGGGAGUUGUAGUCCCAUGACCUCCAGAGAGCCACACGUUUCCCUUCCCGGCUUCAAAGAGUGAGCCUAUGUUUCCUCCCAGCCCUUCCGUGGUCUGUUUUCUUUCCUUCUCCCUGGAAGCUGAAGCGUAGAAGGAAAGCCAGUUCUCCCAAUAAAAAUUUACUGAUUAAGUGA